UUCUGUCACAAGCCAGCAAACAGAGGUCUUCACAUCAUGGCCUUUUUGGUAGCUUUCGGGUGAUUUCCACCUCUACUCUUCCGCAUUUUCCUGCCGCUCUCGGGCUGUGACGUGUCGUGCUGACGGCGGCCUCGGAGCUGGAGAAGCGGGGGGCUGUAGCAGGACACGGGUCUGGCUCCAGACGUCCUGCUUCGUUUUUCAGCGGUGUUCCAGAAACAACCCCCUCACCCCUCCUUCUCUGCUCGUUCCCGGCCCGCCCAAAUCACACAAAAUUCCCGACUGAAUCCAGCCCGAGUCUGGGGGAACCAGGCGGCCUGGGAAGCCGUGGAGCGGACAGAGGCCAUCCCUGCAGCAUAAAUCUGCUCCUCAGUAACAAAUGCAGUACGGGGACAAUGGAUGAGGAUGUCACCAGGCUUGCAAUCCAUGCUGAAGAGCCUAAAAUAAUAAUACACGGAUCGGAUGACGGUGGUGCCGGUGGGCAGGAGUUUGUUGUGGAGCUUCAAGAGACUGUGUUGGUGUCAGAAGGUGAGGGCGAAGGCAUGGCAGUUCACAGGUUUGCCCCAGAGGAGCUAGUCAUCCAGGAUGCAGUUGAAGAUGUGGUUUCUGAGUAUGUGCAUGAAGAUGAAGAUGUUGCUGUAGAAACCUGUGUGAUGGCUCUAGAGGGCGAAGAGGAAGGCGUUGCCAUGGGAGACAUCCCGGAAGAUGGGCUGGACCCAGAGCAGCAGGAUGACGACCAAGAUGGCUGUGGAGAUUACCUUAUGAUAUCCUUGGACGAAGCUGGAAAAAUGGUGUCUGAGGACGGAACUGAGGUAACCGUGGAAGGAGCCGUGGAGGAUCAGGAAGUGGAGAAGGAUGAAGAUGGACAAGAGGUGAUAAAGGUGUACAUCUUCAAGGCUGAUUCAGGAGAGGACGACAUGGGAGAGUCGGUUGACAUCAGUGAUGGAGACGCGGAGAGCGUCGCACUAGCAGAAUCUACGGGCCAAACACUCAGAGAGAAGAUGGUUUACAUGUCUGUCGGGGAUUCUCACCACAAUCAAGGAAACCACGGCGUGGAGGACAGCGAAGGCUGUGAAAACCGGAACGGCGCAGCCAGCGCACUGCUGCACAUCGACGAGUCAGACGGGGUGGAUGAAAUCAAUCGGCAACGCAACAAGAAUAAGAGACGAUCAGAACAUCGGCAGGUCCAGACAGCCAUCAUCAUCGGCCCGUACGGCCAGCCGCUGACGGUCUACCCUUGCAUGCUCUGCGGUAAGAAGUUCAAGUCGAGAGGAUUCCUAAAGCGACACACUAAGAAUCACCACCAGGACGUCCUGACCCGCAAGAAGUACCAGUGCACCGACUGCGACUUCACCACCAACAAGAAGGCCAGCCUCCACAAUCACAUGGAGGUCCACGCCCUGAGCAGCAAAGCCCCCUUCGAGUGUGAGAUGUGCGGCAAGGAGUUCCACCAGCAGGGGGCGCUGUUCUCCCACCGGCUGCAGCACCACCACCGGGAGCCCAAAGCCCAGCCGCCGCCGCCGCCGCCUCCGCCCACCAAGAUGCACAAGUGCAAGUUUUGUGACUAUGAAACCGCCGAGCAGGGGCUGCUCAAUCGACACUUGUUGGCCGUCCACAGCAAAAGUUUCCCCCACAUCUGCGUGGAGUGCGGCAAAGGCUUCCGGCACCCGUCGGAGCUGAAGAAACACAUGCGCACGCACACGGGCGAGAAGCCGUACUCCUGCAUGUACUGCGACUACAAGUCGGCCGACUCCUCGAACCUGAAAACCCACAUCAAGACGAAGCAUAGCAAGGAGAUGCCGUACAAGUGCGAGCGCUGCUUCCAGACCUUCGCCGAGGAGGAGGAGCUGCUGCAGCACGGACUGACCCACGAGGAGAACAAGACCCACCAUUGUGCCCACUGUGAUCACAAAAGCUCGAACUCCAGCGACCUGAAGCGCCACAUCAUAUCCGUUCACACCAAGGACUACCCGCACAAAUGUGCCGUGUGCGGGAAGGGCUUCCACCGGCCGUCCGAACUGAAGAAACACUCUGUCUCCCACCGCACUAAGAAACUCCACCAGUGCCGACACUGCAACUUCAAAAUCGCCGACCCCUUCAUCCUCAGCCGCCACAUCCUGUCGGUGCACACGAAGGAGCCGCAGGCCUCGCCCGAAAAGAGCGAGGGGAAAAGGACAGAGGCGCACGCUCCCGCCGCGCCGCCUAAAAAGUCCGCCCCCGGGGGGGCGAGCGCCUCGGGCCCGCCCGCCCGGGUCAGCGCGGCCAGCCUGGCCAGCAGCGUGACCGUGGUCAUCGGCAAGGGACAAAAGGAGAAACGGAUCUACCAGUGCCAGUACUGCGACUACAGCACCGGCGACGCGUCGGGCUUCAAGCGCCACGUCAUCUCCAUCCACACGAAGGACUACCCGCACCGCUGCGAGAUCUGCUCCAAAGGUUUCCGACGGCCCUCGGAGAAGAACCAGCAUAUCAUGCGCCACCACAAGGACGUGGUGCAGGCGGAGUGACUCUGAACGAGCCCAACACUGUGCCAGAACAAAGACCAAUGUCAAAAAAAACGCCCCCCCCCCUCCCCUCCGAGUGGUCGCACCCUCACAGAACCAGCGCGGCCCGUUUGCUCUACUUUAGUCCAAGCUGUUGUUUUCUUGCUCUUUCUGAUCCUCAGCCUCAUGUUUCUUCACAGAUGUAUACUCAUGUACAUACCAUUAACUCUGACAGAGUUACCCCCCCCCCCCCUCCUCCCCUCAGCCCCACCUUUCAGACUUGCACUUUUUAAACUGCAUGUCCCCCUGCUGGUGACUGUGUGCAUGGCGGUUUGUCUUUUUUGUAGACACACACUUUUUGGAUUUGACAGGUAGCAAUCAGUUCUCAGUUCAGAUCGGUCCUAAUUAUUUGUCUUAAAAUCAAAGUGUAAUUUUUUUUAAUAUGUUUGCGUCGUUCUGUUAAAAUAUGCUUUAACCCGACAGAGGUAUGGAUUAGCCACAUGUUCUCAGUAGCACUUGUGAAAUUAUGUGUGUGUGUGUGUGAGAGUGAAAGAGAGACGGAAGGCCAUAAAACCCCCCUUUGUUGUGCUUCCUGAUGCUUUGAUCCCACCGAUCUGUAACAUAAUGGUUUUUGCUGUGGCAACAAAAACAGAAGGUUAUUAAAAAAAAAAACACCCAAUAACAAACGAAUCAUUCUGAGCUGCAGGUGAUAAUCUUUACAUUUAGAAGAAAAGGACACAGGUAUUAUGUUCGCUUAAUCACACAAAUCGCCGCGCAAUCGACGCUUUACUUUCUGUCCGACGUUUUCCGUUGUGUGUCUGUAAACGUGCCGAGUCGCUUGGAUCAAGUGGAGACAAAAAAAAGCGCCCCAAAAUUACAGUAUUUUAAUCAGCCGAUUUCCAGGAAUUUCAAAGGCGUUUUUUUUUUUUUUUUUUUCUGAAAGGGCGAGACGUGUCCAGACGCGGGGGACUCGCUGAGCGCACGCGGUGCUGCAGACGUGGGACUGUGGACUGAACAGAUGUACUUCUGCCAUUUUAGAAAAAGGGAAAAUGUAUAUCUUUCUAGAUGCAACUUUCAGACGCCAGGUGCUGGUGGUGUAUGCGUAUUAUGGCUUUUUACAUCCUUUUUAACACCUGUGAUCAUUUCUGUUUUUUUUUGUUUUGUUUUUUUUAUAUUUAUUUCACUUACAACUCGUUGUAUAGUUAAGUGUAACUAGACUUCUAUGGGACGUAAAUUAUUGUUUUGUAUACAGACCUGUACAAAGCGUGUAGAUGUAAAACACUCGAUGAAAAGGAAAUCCGAACUGUGUUGUUAUGGAUGUGCGUCUGCGUAUUUGUUAAAAAAAAGAGAAAUAAAGCAAAGUAUUUUA